UCCUAACCUGACCAUAAUAUACGCGUACUUCGCCGUCAUGAACGUUUACAUGAGAACGCAUCCUUCGCUCAUCGCCCAUGACACUUUUCCAUGCUUUAUACUAAACGAUACAACAUAACCUUUCACUGUGCAUACACGUGUGUCUAAGGUCAUUUGUAAAUUCUUUCCCAUUUUCUUUCUCAACGGAAUAAACAGCUCUAUUUUAUCACAUAAAAAAUCUAAAUGAGUGGUAAUACUCUCCAGAAUUAAAAAUCUUCAAAAUGGUUAAAACGAAAAAUAAAAAGAAGAAUCUGUCAGAGAGUUCAGUCCAGAAGAAAAAAUUAGAGGGCAAAAAGCCGAUAAAUCCCUUCGAAGUUCAUAUAAACAAGGAUAAGCAAAAAGUUCUGGGUCGUAAGAGUAAGGCAGACCGAGGAUUACCCGGUGUAGCUCGAACAAAAGCCAUUAAAAAACGUAAGCACACACUUCUCCAAGAGUUUACCCAACGAGAUAAGGACAAUGUAUUCAUGGAUAAAAGAAUUGGUGAAAGAAAUGCCUCGAUGUCGCAGGAAGAGAAGGCAAUAGCAAGAUACGCCGCUGAGCAGAUAAAGGCUCACAAGAAAAAAAAUAUUUACAGUCUAAAUGAUGAAGAGGUAUUGACACACAGAGGACAAACCCUGGAGGAAAUUGAGAAAUUCGAGGACCCAAAGAGUGACGAGGAGUUCAGCGAUGAUGAAAAUGGAAAAGGAAAUUUAGAUAAGAAAUUCGUGACUGAUGCUCAUUUCGGUGGGGGAAUUCUCUCAAAACCAGACAGUUCUCUCUCACGAAAGGACUUGAUAGAACAAUUGAUCAUUGAAUCGAAGAGGAGAAAAGCUGAGAAGCAAAAAAUUCGAGAGCAAACGAUUAAUUUGACCGAGAAACUCGAUACUGAGUGGAAGGAUCUGCUGCCUCUGAUGACAGCGUCGAAUAAAUCUAUCGAGGAGUCAACAGAAAGGCCAAAGGCUGACGAUUAUGACAUUGCUGUGAGAGAAUUGAAAUUUGAGAGCAGGGGAAUUCCAUCUGACAGGCUCAAGCCUGAAGAGGAGAUAAUGAAGGAGGAGAAGGAGAAGCUCGAAGCCCUCGAGGAGGACAGAUUGAUGAGGAUGAAGGGAUUCUUGGAGGAGAGCGAUGGAAGGAGUAAACACAAGUCUGCUGAUGAUCUUGAUGAUGGUUUCAGGGUCGAGAAUAUUGAGGAGGAUGAUACUCUAGCUUAUGGAGAAGAUGGGACCGUUAGGAAUGGGAAGAAAAUCGAGAAAUCGACAGAAGAGGAAAAAGAUGAAGAAGACGAUGAAGAGGGCAAUGAAGAAAAUGAAGACGAACAAGAAGAAGGAGAAGAAGACGAAGACGUCGAAGAACAAGAAGAAAUUCAAGGCGAAGAAAUCAAAGGGUUGAAAGAAAGCGAAGAAUCUGAUGAUUCUGGAGAAGAUGAUAAUUUAUCUGAUUUAAAAGAGUCCGAAUCCUCAAGCGAAGACGAAGAUUCUCCAGAAGCCGAAAAGGGCCCCACUAAACACCCAAGUCCUGCUCCAGAGCCAUUUGCAGACUCCGAAAGACUUCAGAAAAUUCAAGAGGACCUCCAGAAGCGAAAAACAAUAAUGGAAAAGGCUCGUCAGGAGCUUCCUUAUACCUACAAGGCUCCAGAGUCCCUCAAUGAGCUCAAAACACUCCUAAAACCCCAGACACCAGACUACCAGUCCAUUAUUCUAGAGAGAAUAGUAAAAUGCAAUCAUUGGAGCCUGGGCCAAGGAAAUCGUGAAAAACUCAGUAAAGUAUUCGAGUUCCUCCUCGAAUAUAUGAUGGAGUGUGCACAUAUCAGUGAAACUAGCAGUCCCGAUGACAUCGUCAAGUGCUUUGAAAUAUUCGACAGAAUUUCCCCUCAUUUAUUCGACCUGGCGCAGGCCAAUGCCUUCACCACAGCCACAUCUGUUCAGAAUCUACUGAGAGAACGUCAUGAGAAAUUCGAAAAAAAUCAGAAGAUAUUCCCUGCCUUGGAUACACUGAUUUUAUUUAAAAUCGUUUCCCUCUUAUUUCCCACUUCGGAUUUUCGACAUCCCGUUGUCACCCCAACGAUAGUCUUCAUGUCCCAGAUAUUAUUGAGAUGCAAAGUCAAAUCAAAAUUGCAUAUUUCCAAGGGACUGUUUAUUUCUACGUUGAUGCUGGAGUAUACUGUGUUGAGCAAGAGAUUUUCACCAGCUGUUAUCAAUUUUCUCCGAGGAAUUAUCUACCUGGGGACUGUUAAACCUCCUAUUUUAAUUUUGAAGAUUGUUCCACCCUUUAAAAAAACUGGAGAGCUCGCAAAUCUCCUGGUCCUCCAGGAUGACCAAACGAACCUCAAGCUGAAUCAUCUCGGUGCUCACAUGAGAGCUGGUGAUCUAGUUGAAGGAAGAAUUGACGAUGAUUAUCGAAUUCGAGUAUUUUUGACUGCUAUGAAUUUGACAGAUGAAUUUUCGAAGCAAUUGGGAGAGCUAGAGGCUGUCUACUCAAUUUUCGAACCGAUCGUGAAAUUGUUGAAUAUAAAUUCGUACGAAAAAUACCCAGAAAAUAUUCGCAAACACGUGGAGAAGAUCUCCAGUGAUCUCCUGGCAUUGGAGGAUAAGCAACUGGAGCAUCUGGUGAAGGCGCAGAAGAAGCCUAAGGCUUUGAGGCUUUACGAACCGAGGAUAGAGAAGGUAUACGAUGGGAAAAAGCAUAGGCCAAUGUCCAAGGAGAAAGCAGAGAAGGAAAAACUUAUUCACAAACUCAAGAAAGAAAUGAAGGGAGCAAUCAGGGAGGUCAGGAGGGAUGCUGCAUUCCUGGCUAAAGUGCAGAUUAAAAAUCAAAUCAAGAGUGAUAUCGAGAGAAAACGAAAAGUCAGGGAAAUAAUGAAUGAGGGGGCCUGUCAACAAGCCGAGUUAAACGAAUUCAAAAGGAAAAAAAAAUAAAUCAUUAAUUUUUGUAUUUGUGAAUAAAUAAAAAUAUUUAU